AAUAUAAUCACAAUUUAAUAAUUACUUAUAACUUAAUCUAUGAUAAUAACAGAAUAAUGUAAAAUUAGAGCUUCAUUAACAUUAAAGUGGCAAAUUAGAGAUGUAAAAUUUAAUUAAGAAGACUUCACAUUUCUUAAAAUCGGUGCAUACUAAAAUACUGAUCACCAACUGAUACUAUUAUUAUUUAAUAAAUUGUAAAUUGACAGGAGUUGAAAUCAAAAUGUUGCACGCGAUGACCUGAUAAACUAGUUUAAUGAACGAGGUUUUUAGGAUGACUGCUGAAGUUAUGGCUAGUGAGGUAAAAGAAAAACGUGAUCCAGCUUUAACUAAACUGCUAACAUCUUUGCAACAAGCAAAAGAAUUACCUUCAACAGAAGAAGAACUUGGUUUUUUAAAUAAUUUAUUACAAUCCAAAGAACUUCAUGCCUUAUUCAAUGUACACAACAAGAUAAUCAGCAAUGGAACCAGUGAUAAGUUUUAUCCGAUGCUAUCAACAUCAAUGCAAGUGAUGGUAGACGUUUUAGAUGUCUUAGUGUCUAGAAUACCAAUUUCUGAUGAUUGUAAAGAAUUAUUUUAUUUACUUCAAAAACCACAUGUUCAGGGUCUCUUAUGUGCACAUGAUACAGUUGCACAAAAAGACUAUUAUCCACACUUGCCAGAAAUUCCAACAGAAGCAGAUGAAGAAGAAGAGACAGUUAAAAUUGUCCAACUUGUCAAGAGCAACGAACCACUGUCUGGUGUUCAGAGUCCUGAACCAAUUGUUGGUGCAACCAUUAAAACUGAUGAUGAAACUGGAAAAAUAAUCAUUGCCAGAGUAAUGCACGGGGGUGCUGCAGAUCGAUCUGGACUUAUUCAUGUGGGGGAUGAAGUUGUUGAAGUAAAUGGAAUAAAUGUUGAAGGAAAAACACCAAACGAUGUUUUACAAAUUCUUAAAAAUUCUGAGGGUACAAUUACGUUUAAACUCGUCCCAUCUGAUGGAAAAUCGAGUGUAAGAGAGAGCAAAGUGAGGGUGAGGGCACAUUUUGAUUACAAUGCAACCACUGAUCCUUAUAUUCCUUGUAAAGAAGCCGGACUUGAUUUUCAAAAAGGAGAUAUCUUGCAUAUUGUCUGCCAGGAUGAUGCUUACUGGUGGCAAGCUCGCAAAGAGAGUGACCGUAACAUGAGGGCUGGACUUAUACCAAGCAGAGCUUUACAAGAAAGAAGAAUAUUAUAUGAAAGAAAUCAGACUUCUAAGGAAAAUGGAAAUGGGCUUUGCUCUGUUUCAGCUUUGCCUCUGUUAACCUGCAGUAACUACUCCCUGAAUUCCCCGUCAAUUUGCACGAACAAUUCUAAAACUAAAAAGAUUAUCUAUGACACUUCAGAGAACGAUGAUUUCGAUCGCGAAGAGAUACCAACGUACGAGGAAGUGGCAAAACUUUAUCCAAGACCUGGUAUAUACCGACCCAUUAUACUUAUUGGGGCCCCAGGUGUCGGAAGAAAUGAACUCAAACGACGUCUGAUUGCAACCCAUCCGGAAAAAUACAAGACACCCAUACCAUAUACAUCCAGGCCAAUGAAACCAGGAGAAAUCAAUGGGAAGGAGUAUUUCUUCGUUUCACGUGAAAAAAUGGAAGAAGAUAUUGAAGCAAGUAAAUUUAUAGAAUUUGGAGAAUAUAAAGGUAAUCUGUAUGGAACGUCUUCAGAGAGCGUAAAAGCCUUGGUUAAUUCGGGUUAUGUGUGUAUUUUAAACCCACAUUACCAGGCUUUGAAAAUGCUAAGGAAUGCCCAGUUAAAACCGUAUAUUAUCUAUGUAAAACCGCCACGGUUGGAUGUCCUUAAAGAGACAAGAAAUGCUGCCAGUGCUCGAUCCACGUUCGAUGUUCAUAAUUCUAGAGGAUUUACAGAAGAAGAAUUUAAUACAAUUAUGAAAUCCUCAGCUCGCAUAGAGUUCUUGUACUCGCAUUUAUUCGAUGAAACCAUCGUUAAUGAAGAUCUUGCAAAAGCUUUGAGACAACUUGUUGAGGCAGUGAAUCGUGUUGAGACCGAGCCUCUUUGGGUGCCCGCUUCGUGGGUUCAGUAGAAAAGAGGAAACGAAAAGAAUUUAAUACCAAAGAUAAUGCACCUACCACGAAUAUUUAUUGUUUUUGUUUUUAAUAGAAUUAGUGAAACACCAGUCUCUCAAUUGGAUUUCAAAUCCGGUGACCGCUUGUUGGUACUGAUUGAAAUCGACGUGAUACUUAAUACGCAAUCGGAUUUUUAUAGCAUGUAACCAAAAUAAUUAAUUAAUACAAAGGUAUGUAUGUUUUCCCUUCCAAAUAGUAGAGUAUGCAGGGUGAUUUAGUUUUUCUCUGUGGUUUUCAUUAUUUAGAAUAUGUUGAACAUUAUGAUUAUUUUCGCUAAAUUAAAAAUUUAAUAUAUGUAAUUACAUUUUUCAUUUUUAUACAUGAAAAAUGUAU